AUGGAAAUGAUUAAAGACAGCGAGGAAAUUAUAGUCAAAUUUGGUAGCGAAGCUAAUCAACCUGAAAUCAUUUUUGGUCUACAUAGCCUAGCUAAAUUACAUGCUAUCUCUAUAGAAGAUUUAUACAUUAAAUGGGAACAGUUUGCUUGUCAGAAACCACAUGUUUUGACUAGAGUGACCGUAAAAAGUCUCGAGCCAUUUAAGCGCUUCCUACAAGAAGAAAUAGAGAAACGUGCAAAUUCAUCUGUGGGUAAUAUAUCUAACAACAGUAAUCAAUUAUCAGGUCCAAAAAGACCAAAAAUGUUAAAGGGGAUAAACAACAGUUCCUCGUUAUUUGGUUUCAACAUUUCUAAAACCCCAAUAGCGAAUAAGAAGAGAAAAUUAGGAGUUUCUAAUGAUUCACAUAACAGCGAUAGUUCUAUUAAACUUGAGUUCCCUGUUGAUGAUGUAAAUUCCACACCCAAAUCAAAAGGCGAAAUGAGCUUUGCCCCCAUCAAAUCAGAAUCCAACGGAAACAUUUCUCUAACAAAAACUAUGUAUUCAUCUGAAAAAACUGGCAAAAUAAUGGACUCAUUGAACCCGGAAAAUAUGGAAAUAGCCGAAGGAUAUACUCUAAAAGAAGAUGAUACUAUUGAUUCACAUGUUAGAAUCCAAUUAUUAAAUGAUCCUGAGAAAUAUAAGUUCAGAACAAUGAGACAAAACCUAAUUGAAUGUUCUGAUGUACUAGAUGAGCAAAUUGAACUAUUUACUAAAUUCGUUAAAGAACAUUUAAACAUUUCAGAUGCUGAAUUUGGUGAUCCAACCAUCCAAUCACAGGCUGAUGUAUAUGCAAUUGGAAGAAUAGUACCAGACUCUCCCCAAUACGACGGGUUUUUAAACACAGAGUCUUUAGCAUUAGAAACAUCGAGAUUAAAUGGUAUCGGUAGGAGAGUCCGUCUAAAUCUUGAACAAGUUAAAGAAGUUUCCCUAUUCUGUGGCCAAAUUGCUGUUCUGAAGGGAAAAAACGCAAAUGGGGAUUAUUUCCUGGUCGACAAGAUUUUGGAUAUACCAUACCCUGAUUUCCCACUGAGCUCUUCCGAAGAACUUUCAGAAUAUUCCGAUUUAAUGAAUAAAAAAUCUUCAAAGGUUAUCAUUACUAGUGGACCAUAUAUCCCAGAUAAUAGUUUUGAUUUAAGUUAUUUGACUAACUUUGUUGAAAAGAUAAACAGUGAAAUCAGGCCACAUAUUUUAGUAAUGACAGGACCCUUUAUCGACAUUACUCAUCCGACGGUUAUGUCAGGCAAUAUACCACAUUUUGAUAAUUUAAAGGCUCAACCUGCUACAUUGAACGAAUUGUUUGUAAAAUUGAUUUCACCGAUAUUGAAAAAAAUCAAUUCUUCAAUCCAGGUAAUCCUUACCCCCUCGACUAGAGAUGUUAUGUCUACACAUGCAUCUUAUCCUCAAGACUCCUUCGAUAGAAAGAUUUUACAAUUACCUAAAAAUUUCAAGUGUUUUACAAACCCUACUACAUUCCAACUCAACGAAACGUAUUUUGGAAACUCUAAUGUGGAUAUAUUUAAGGAUAUGAAAGAGGUUACAAAAGGUGGGGAAACUACAAUGUCAAACAGAUUUGAUAGAGUGGCACAACAUGUACUGCAACAACGUCGCUAUUAUCCUCAAUUUCCCGGUUCUAUCAAGAAAAUGACAAUUGCCAAGCCUAACUCGAAGGACAGUAAAAGUGCAGACUCUAAAAUCUAUAAACAUAUUUCUGGUGCUGACCUUGAAAUAGCAUACCUAGGUUUGACCGAAUUUGUUAGUAAUAUUACUCCUGAUAUAAUAAUCAUACCAAGUGAGUUACUCCCAUUUGCUCGUGUUGUAAAAAAUGUAAUCAUGAUAAAUCCUGGUAAAUUUGUUAAACCUAAUGGGGCUAACGGGACGUAUGCACAAAUCUCAAUAAGAAGUCCUAAUGUUAAUGAUGGUUCAUUGACAGAAAUACCCGGAGAAGAAAAUUUAUACCUUCACAACGUUUGGAAGAGAUCAAGAGUAGAUAUUGUGACAAAUUGA